AUGUUUUCAUUCGCAAAGAAGUUGGUGGAUAGGUUAGAAGGGGGCUCUAAUUCGAGUGACUCCAAUGCAUCAGAUUCAUACUUUAAAAGUGGAUUACAAUUGAAUAAUAAAGGAUAUGCCUUACGUGUUUUGAAUGUUGCUCCACAUUCAACUGCUCAUCAAAAAGGGUUAGAAUCGUGGUUUGAUUACAUUAUCCGUAUAAACUAUCAUGAAUUGCCUAUGAUGUAUCCCUCAAUAUCAACAUAUUCGUACAGUAUAAAUGAUGAUGGCUCUAUUAAUUAUGGCGAUAACACUACCCAGGAACAGGCUGGAAUGAUAAAUUAUGACAUAUUGCAGAAAGAAAUCGUGAAUAUUGCUAAGAAUGAUAAGGCAAGCAAGGAGCUAGUGCUCGAUGUUUGGAGUGCUAAAGGUGGUAUUGUUAGACAAGUGAUACUACCACUCGACAAAUUUGAGCCAUCGGCAACGAACGGUGCCGAUGAAUCUGAGUUAUCUUUAUUCAAUGAAAGUUUUGCACAGGUUGGUUUGACAUUGCAAUCCCAACAUUUAAAUACCUCAACGUAUGUUUGGAGAAUAUUGAACACCCACCACGGGUCCCCUGCAUUCCAGGCUCAGUUAAUUCCAUAUUCCGACUACAUCAUUGGAUGUGAUUCGGCAUAUCCACAAGAUACAGAAGGAAAGGGACUUUUGGCUAAAGGAGGAGAAUCUUUGUUGUCUAGGACCGUCAUGAGUUAUUACAAUUUACAUUAUUCUACUUCUCAAGAGGAUAAUGUUCCAAUUACCUUAUAUGUAUACAAUCACGAUUACGACAUUUUAAGACCAGUGACAGUCAAUUUAUCGAGAUCUUGGGGAACAGGACAGAAUAGAGGAAUUUUAGGAUGUGACGUGGGAUAUGGCUUACUUCACAGAAUACCCGAAGUAAUUGGCAAAUUCGAUAGCAAUGACAUUAUCGAUGAUGUCUUAUUUGAAUCUAACCACAGCGUCGGCUACGGAAUUCAAGACCAGCAGCAAGAUCAACAAUCAGCACUGCAAACUAUUCCAUCUCCACCACAAGCAUCUACUAUCAAUACUUCACCAGGUGCAGUUUUUGUUCCACUGACAUCAGCACCACCACCAAGAGCAGGUGCGGCUAGAAAGAAAAAGCAUGCUCCUACUGGAUCUAACUUAGGAGAACUUAACGAAUAUAUGAAUGAAGAGCUUGCAAAAUCAAAAGAGAUGGAUACUCUCAGCAAUGAGAAUUUGGCGAAUGAAAGCACAGUUCCCCCACCUCCACCUAAAGCAAACUAA